AGCCUUUUAAGUUCAAGCAGCAUUUACAUAUAUAAAUUUAUCAUUUGAUCAUCGUACACAAAUCGAAAUAUGCCUGACUGUGAGUUUUGUGCCUUUUGCCUUAUGCCCAAGGAGCAGCCGGUGGUCAUCCAAUGCAAACACUCAUUCUGCCAGCUCUGCAUGGAAAACUAUUGCAAAGCGGUGACUACGAAUCGACGUUGUCCACUUUGCCGCCAGGCAUUCGCUUUCUAUGAGAGCACUGCGGGCAUUCUAACCAUAACUGUCUUGGAUAGCGACGAUGAGGAUCCCGAUGAUGACUCCAGUUAUGAUGAUGACAAUGGACAACCACUUCAAGUAAAUAUGUUGCCCGCCAUUGCGGAGAGUCCCAUGGAAAGCAGCGAAAGCUUUUCAACUGCCGAUGAGGCUUCUAACUGGUCGGAGUCCUCCAAUGGCGACGAUGAGCUGCCCGACCAUGAUGACAAUGAACAUCCAUGUCAAUCCAAUUUGCGUCCCAUGGAAAGCAGCGAUAGCUGUCCAAGCGAGGAGGAGGAUUACAACUGGUCGGAAUUUUAAACACUGUGUUGUUGUUAU